CCAAAGCUACACAGAGAAACCCUGUCUCGAAAAACCAAAACCAGAGAGAGAGAGAGAGAAAAAAAUAGCUAAACAGAAACCUCUGUGAACCAGGAAGCAACAUUCCUCCAUGGUUUCUGCUGUACUUCCUUGGUUAUGAAGCGAGUUCCUUGGUCAGAAGUCAUGCUGUGAAGAAUAGCAAGCAGGCCUGUCUUCAGGUUCUCUCGUGAGUUCCUACCCUGACUUUUCCUCAAGGAUGGACUGUAACCUGUAAGCUGAAAUAAACCCUGUCCUUCCCCAAGUUGCUGUUCGUUGGAGUGUUUUAUCACAACAGAAGCCACCCCGGCUCUGCUUGUGCAGUAUCCUCUACUGGAAGGCCUUUGCCUCCCGUAGCCCUUCUCAAAGGAGUCCCUGAGGUGGGACUCCAUGUUCUUCCUCUUCUAGAAGGCCUCUGGGGAGGAGUUGUCACCCGUCCAGCUUCCACCCAGCCCAAAGCACACAGGAACUGUCCCUGGGCUGGGCUCUCAGGUUGUAGCCUCAUCAGAAAGUACAGUUUUGCUCCAUCUAUGCUUUCUCUGGCCACACCCAGAAUUUGCCUGUCCCCAGGGAGCCCCACACAUUGUCUGAGUACACAAACCCCGAAGACAGGCACAGGGGCUGUGGAGGGAGUCAGGGCAAGGCAGGGUCCAUUUGCCUAAUGCUUUGGUCUGGCUGGUCACAGAAUGGCACACCCCACGGGGGAGGGAGCGGCAGUCACCUGGCGAGAGGCGUCUUUAGAGAAAGCCAGCCUCUACCUUUAGUCUUCUUUACGCCGUGGAGGGUAGGCUUGGGGGCGGCGGGCAGCCUUUUCUUUUGUCCACUGUGGGCCUAAGAAGAAGCGAGACACCCUCCUGGGGCGCCCAGGUCCAUCACUGAGUGACCAAGCCUCAGUGCCCCACCGCAGCCGCAGUCAUGGAUAGGUUCCGGAUGCUCUUCCAGCACCUUCAGUCCAGCUCGGAGUCCGUGAUGAACGGCAUUUGCCUUCUGCUGGCUGCCAUCACAGUCAAGAUGUACUCCUCCUUCGACUUCAACUGCCCCUGCCUAGCACGCUACAACGCCCUCUAUGGCCUGGGCCUGCUGCUCACACCCCCUCUGGCCCUCUUCCUCUGUGGUCUCUUGGUCAAUAGACAGUCUGUGGUGAUGGUGGAGGAAUGGCGCCGGCCAGCAGGCCGCCGGAAGAAGGACCUGGGCAUCAUCAGGUACAUGUGCUCCUCCGUGCUGCAGCGAGCUCUGGCAGCACCCCUGCUCUGGAUCCUGCUGGCCCUCCUUGACGGGAAGUGUUUCGUGUGUGCCUUUAGCAACUCCGUUGACCCUGAGAAGUUUCUGGAUUUUGCCAACAUGACCCCCAGCCAGGUACAGCUCUUCCUAGCCAAGGUGCCCUGCAAGGAGGAUGUGAUGGUUAAAGACAGCCCUGCACGCAAAGCUGUCUCUCGAUACCUGCGGUGCCUGUCACAGGCCAUCGGCUGGAGUAUUACCUUGCUGCUGAUAGUGGCAGCCUUCCUAGUCCGCUGCCUGAGGCCCUGCUUCGACCAGACCGUUUUCCUGCAGCGCAGAUACUGGAGCAACUAUGUGGACCUGGAACAGAAGCUCUUCGAUGAGACAUGCUGUGAGCAUGCGCGGGACUUCGCGCACCGCUGCGUGCUGCACUUCUUCGCGAGCAUGCAGGGAGAGUUGCAGGCUCUGGGGCUAUGUAGGGACCCAACAGGUGGAAUCCCAGAGUCACAGGAACCCCAAGAACUCCCUGAGGACCUGGAUAGUGGAAGCGGGAAGGCCUACCUGCGUGCGAUCUCCAGCCAGGAGCAGGUAGAUCACCUCCUAAGUACCUGGUACUCCAGCAAGCCGCCCCUUGACCUCACAGCAUCCUCCAGGCUCCGGGGGCCUGGCCUCAACCACCGUGCCCCUAUAGCUGCUCCAGGUACCAAGCUGUGCCACCAGGUCGAUGUGUAGGGAUCUUGGUAGGCUCCCACAGCAGCGGUUUUCCCAUGUCACAUGCCCAUGUUGACACGGGUCUGGAAGCCAGCCUCCCCUGUUGACGUCCCAAAUGGCCCAGUGUCUGCCUAGUUUCUGGGCAUGCCCUCCUCUAUGGAUACCAUUCCCUCUGGGCCCAAUCAAGUUCAGAUUCUGAUUCAGCGCACCCAGGACUGAGUCCCUGAAUCUAUCCUCCCUCCCUCCCUCUCUUUUCUUCCCUUUCUCCCUUCUCCUUCUCUUCUUCCCUUGCCCCGCCCCCCCCUUUUUGAGGAAGAGUCACACUUCAGCUGUCUAGCCGAAGAAGGCCUUGAACUCCAGGCCUGGACUGCAUGGCUAGCCUCAGGCUCCCUUAGUGUCAGGAUUACAGGUGUGAGCCCACCAUUCCCUGCUUUCUAGAAUCUCGUCUCUAACGAUCCCCAACGCAACACUGGUUCUUCUGGGCAGUGGACCAAACUUUGAGUAGUCACAG